UUGAAGGUUGGAAUGUUUGCAGAGAUUUCCAAAAAGUACACUCAUGAACAUGUUAAGAAAUUUGCCGAGUUGAGUGAAGAUUUCAAUCCAAUUCACUUGAAUGCUGAAUUUGCUAGUAAGACAAGAUUUAAGAAACCAAUUGUUCAUGGACAAUUGCUGACUUCCCUAAUCUCAGGAAUUUUGGGAGCUCAUCUUCCUGGAGACGGCACAGUUUACCUAGAACAAACUUACAAAUACAAACAACCACUUCCAGUUGGAGAGAAAGUCAAAGCUCGUGUUGAAAUUGAGGAUAUUGACCUACAAAGAAAAAUUAUCACACUCAAGACCAAUUGCUACAGAAAUGAUGAAAAACAAGGAGAU